AUGGGCCUCUCUGGCCCAGUACCUCGUAUGUUUCUUGGUAAUGCAGUGGAGUUAUUUAAUCAUCACCAACAUCCGUCAGCUUGUCUAGCUGAUUGGACACAUCGUUUCGCCAUUUCCACUCAAGACGACCGCUGCCAUUGCAACAACAUGAUCUUCGGCAUUUACUGGCAUCAACAGAUUAGCUUAGGUGAUGAAUGGAAGCGACAACGGUCAGUCAUGCAACCAACGUUCAGCCCCAACAAGUUGAAAGAGAUGCGUGCAAUCAUUGACCAAUGUGUGACGAAUUUAAUCGAGAAAUUAGAUGAACAAAAGGCCGAGGUGGAAUUCGACAUAACAAGUUUGUUACAACGUAUGUCGAUGGAUAUUCUGUUAAAUUGUGCUUUCGGCAUCAACCUGUCCAAACAUGAAAAACUAAGUGUACCGUUUUUUCAACGAUGUUUACAAGUAUUUGAAUUCAGUUUUUUCCAAACGAUUUUAACGAUGUGUUCAUUAAUUGUACCCGAAUUAGAUUUCAUAUGGGUCACAGUUUUCAAAUAUACAAAUCCGAAUACAUGGCUUUUGUACCACGUAGAACAAAUAAUUAAACAACGUCGUUUAUAUGGAAAUGAGAGAAUCGAUCUAUUGCAAUCAAUGAUCGAAGCCACUGAUGCAUCACAACAUGCGUCAUCGCAAACAUCAACAUCACCUAAAGCUCGUUUGAAUCAAGAUGAACUGUUGCACAAUAUCUAUUUAUUUCUGCUUGGCGGAUAUGAAACAGCAGCAACAACAUUGGCAUAUUUGAUAUUUAUUCUCGCAACACAUCAAAACGAGCAAGCACAUUUACUGGAUGAAAUCGAGCGUGUUUAUGGUGAUUAUGAUCAAAUCAUUAAACUCGAAUAUCUCGAUUGGUUUAUACAAGAAACUUUACGAUUUUUCCCCAUUGCACCGUUUAUUGUCAAUCGACAAUGUAACAAGGAGUGUCAGAUCGGACCACUCAAGAUUGAGCGAGGUACAAAUAUUACAGUCGAUAUGUACAGUUUACAUUAUGAUGAUCAACUGUUUGGACCAGUUAGUCCAUUGAAGUUCUAUCCGGAACGUUUCCGUAAUAAACGUCAUGCAUUAGCUUGGUUACCAUUCGGUGCCGGACCACGCAAUUGCAUUGGCAUGCGCUUUGCAAUGUUAGAAAUCAAAUUAGCAUUGGUACAAAUACUUCAUCGAUACAAAAUUCUGCCUGGCGAAAAUACAUUGAGCAAAUUCGACGUGCAAGAACGAUUUGUUAUUGCACCGACAAAUGGCAUUUGGAUUCGUAUCGAACGACGGGAAACUUAG